AUGGAAGCUGUCGCUGUUAGUUACGCCGUCCCAGCAUCACACAACAUCAACGGGCUAGAGAUCAAGACGAGCAUCAUACACACACCGAAGAAGUCUUCUUCAGAAUAUAUCGAUCUGAAUGAAGAUGGAGUAAUUGGGAAUGCGACCGCGGUACAUGAUGGUCCCGUAUACAUCUGUCUUGCCGAGAACUACGAUUACUGGUGCGCAGAGCUUGGCGUUGAUCGGUCAGAAUGGGACUGGUGUCAUUGGGGAGAGAACAUCACCUUCAGGUGUACAGAUAAAACCCUGACCGAAUCUGACUUUCGAUUGGGCGAUAUAUGGAGAGUCGGCAGAAGUGUUCGCUUACAAGUCUGUGGAUCUCGCAUCCCUUGUAUGAAGCUAUCGUGGAGAUGCGGGCAGAAAGACUCGUGGCUCAAAACUUUGUCCGAUACUGGCCGGGUGGGUGUCUACUUGAGAGUUCUCAGCAAGGGUCGCAUCUAUCCUGGUGAUCGCGCGGUUCGAGAAUCAUCGUCAGGGGAUAGUAUGGAUGCGGCAACCAUUACUCGACUGGCCUUCGACUCUGACCUCAAGACUCGCGACACUCUAAACUUAUUGGCAAACCAUGACGUUCUCCUCCGCCUGAGCCGAUUGAUAAUCAAGCGAAAGCUGGCCGGUAUUGAUGACGGCGUGAACAAAGGUAGGAACGCCUGGAAGGGGUGGCGAGAGUUUCGAGUUUCCCGAAUUAUCGACGAAGGCAAUGGCAUCAAGUCAUUCGAUAUAUGUUCCACGGACGACAAAGACCUAGCUUGGUAUCUACCGGGUCAAUUCCUUACUUUAAGGUUACCAACAGGCGAUAUCCGCAGCUGGAGUAUCUCAGACUGGCCAGGUCGGAUCCAGCCUAAGCACUAUCGCAUCAGCAUCAAAGACGCAGGGCGUGCCUCUUCGUGGAUGUGCAAUGAAUGUGAAGUGGGUACUAUUCUCUCAGUACGUUCCCCGGCAGGACGAUUCGUUCUGGAUUGGUCACAGGCUGUAACCCCACGACAACUGUAUUUGUCUGCUGGGAUUGGCAUCACGCCUAUACUCGCCAUGAUGAAGGCUCAUGCCAACCAUCCUAAUAUGAAUGUUGUGCCGGGUAUCUGGAUCCACGUGGUUAAAGAUGGGAGAGGCCUGCAGUUUCACAGCGAGUUCCUCAAGAUUGAGAACAACCCUAUCAAGAGGUUUGUUUUCAUGACACAGCCGCGUGACAUUGACAUACGAGGAAAGGACUACGAUGUCUUUGGAAGACCGAAUUUGGAUUCAAUGGCAGAACUACUGGGAGAGACGUACAAGUUCAACCCGUUUGGGACCACUGCAAUGGACCUACCAUCCAAGUUCUCGGCGGCAUAUAUCUGCGGCCCCAAAGACUUUGAGGCGACCAUGAAGAGUCUUCUUCUAAGUUGCAACAUUCCCCCGCCGUUCAUCCAUAGUGAGAGCUUUUCAGCCUCUGGCCACACUACAGGAGACCUGGAGAAAGCUACAGUCCGGUUCACCAAGUCUGGCAAGACGGCUCACUGGAAGAAGGACGAGUCAAUGUCACUGCUGGAACUCGCAGAGUCUGUUGGUAUGGCUCCUGAUUACGGCUGUCGCGUAGGUGCUUGUGGAAGCUGCGUCGCAAAAGUAGCUUGCGGCUCAGUUUCGGGAGGACUUCAAAUGGAUGGAAGUGUAUUGACGUGCUCGGCGGUUCCUAUGUCAGAAGUUGUAGAGGUUGAGCUCUAA